AUCCAUUCCUUCCUAGACCUCAUUUAAGGGUUGGCAGUGGAGGUGAGGCUUUUUUGUUGGAGAGUCCUGUGUACCUGAGGCAUUCUAAGGAAACAAAAUAACAAAACAGAAGAUAAUAUUUAAAAAGGACCUAUGAAGCCAUCAUUACCAGUAACUGGAAAAUUAUCUUGUGGCUACUGUGCUACCAGCUACCAUGAGGCCAGUGAGUAGAAGAUAAUGCGUCAGUACUUCAGGUGGCUUCUGCAUGACUCAAAGUACCUCAAACUUCAGUGCACUUGAGGUACCCUUAGAGCAUAGCGGCACACGGUGUUCUGGGCCAGCUGGAAACAUAAACAUUACAAAGCAGCAGCAAACAUCUAUUACAUCUGACAUCAGUGAACUGCAAUAAGAAAAGGAUCAACGUUGACUGUGCUGGACGUUUGAAUACAUCUGUGACCACUGCCAGCUGCAGGCUGAAUGUCUCCUGAGUUGCUGAAGUCUCCUGUGUUCACUUCUGUUGCCUGACGCAGGGAGAAGCGGAGCACAUGGAUUUCUAAACACGCUGGGAUUUUAUACAGCUACAAAAAUAAGAACGACAACAGAACCUGACCCUAUCGAAAGCAGUCAAAUGAAUCGUAAUUGCAGAUCAAUGCAGAGAAAUGGGGAAACUUCACUCGAAGCAUGCCGCCGUUUGUAAACCCAGGGAAAGUCCGGAAGGUGAUAGUUUUGCGGUGAACGCCUCUCUGGCUCGCAAAGGGCUGGAGGACUGGAUGGUGAAGCAGAAAUACUCCGGGGGCAGCGGCAGCAGCAGCGGAGGCAGCAGCUCGGGACUUCAAGGCUGCCAGCACCGGGCUGCUUGCGGGCUCUCCAGCGGCAGGGAUUUGUCUGGAGAAGGCUACAGAGACUCUAUUGGUGAUGAGCACUUUCAUCUAGAAGUGGCUUUGCCUCCAGAGAAGACAGAUGGAGUUUGCAGUGGAGAUGAAAAGAAAGCAGAAAAAGAAAGUGACACACGCACAGGUUCCAAGAAGCAACUAAAAUUUGAAGAAUUGCAAUGUGAUGUGUCUGUAGAGGAAGAUAACAGGCAAGAAUGGACCUUCACACUGUAUGACUUUGAUAACAACGGAAGAGUCACACGUGAGGAUAUUACCAGCUUGCUUCAUACCAUCUAUGAGGUAGUUGAUGCAUCAGUAAACCAUUCUCCUAGUUCCAGUAAAACUCUGCGAGUGAAACUUACUGUGGCACCAGAUGGCAGCCAGAAGAAGAAAAGUAUAUUGUUAAAUCAUACUGAUUUGCAGAGUGCAAGGCAUAGGGCUGAAAGCAAAGCCAAUGAAGAGUUAAGAAGCUCUGAAAAGAAGCAACGAGCUUCUCUCAGAUAUCACCAGAGUGAGAACAAUCCAGAGCAAAGUGAGUGCUAUCGUCAUUGUGUUGAUGAGAACAUUGAAAGGAGAAACCACUAUUUGGAUCUUGCAGGAAUAGAAAACUACACAUCAAAGUUUGGGCCAGGUUCUCCUCCAGCAGUUCAAAAACAUGACCCACCAAGCAGAGUUGUGAGUCAAACUAGAUCCCGUUCCCACGAACCUGAAACCUUCCAUGCCCACCAUAGGAAAUCUCAAGUGGUGGAUCCAAGCCACAUCAAUCUGGCUGAGAGUUCUUAUGCCAAGAUUGCAGAAAUCCAACAGAGGCUCCGGAACCAGGACUCAAACAAGCACUUUGUGAGAUCUCCCAAGGCCCAGGGUAAAAAUGUUGCUCCUGUGCAUUCUGGAAGGGCAGUAAGAAAUAAACCUUUUCAAGCAGGGGCCAUGCCAAUGGCCUCCCCAAGUGCACGGGUGGGCCAGAAUCUUCCUUAUCUCCCCUUGCAGUCUCAGCAGGUUCACAAGAAGCAUAAGCAGAGAGCAAAGGAGAAUCACCAAAUGUGCAAAACCUUCCAGUCUCCAGGGACAGUUGUAGAAAAGGAACAUGUGAGAGACCUGCCAACAGUCAUUCUAUAUGAAGGUCAAGUUGGACAAAUGAUACAGAGACAUGAACACCACCACCACCACGAGCACCACCACCACUACCAUCACUUCUACCAGACAUAAAACAGAUCCCACCAACAUCCUCCAGGAAUCAUCCCAUAUGAAGGAAGCACGUUCUUGUGACACCAGAACUAAGGCAUUACUGAUUAAUAUUAUUGUUACUCCAUUAAUAUUCAGCUAGCAUUUAUUUUAGAGGUUAUAUGGAACUCUUGAAACUCACCCUAUUUAUAUGUUGUGGAACUGCAUAGCUUACUUAAACAACUUGUGGAUUUUUAUUUUAAAGUGGCUUGUAAAACAGCAAACAGCCAUAGCUUUUUGAGCUGUGAUUUAAUGCAGGUCGUCAACGCACUUCUUUACAAGUACUACUUCCAUUGCAGAAGGAAAGAUACUUCAAACACUAUUGCAGACAUCUAGCUUACCAGUCUGCUUGCUGUAUGUCGGCUGAUCGCACACAAGCCUUUUAUCAGGGGAGCAAUGUUCGAAGUUUUGGACUCCAGAGAUGCUCAGAAUAACAGAAAAUACAAACAGCUGCUACCUCUAGUAUUAUUCAGAUUUUAUUUUCUUUUUAUUGAUUGUAAUGUGCUACAGGGGGAAUUUUAAUAUACUGCAUUGGUGUAGCCUGUUUGUGUUCACAUCCUUUCAAAUUAUCUUAAUUACAUGGAAAUAUUAGCUAUACUUGUCAACAGAGCUACAUCUGUACAACUUACACUUUAUUUUCUUUGAGAUUCUUCACUGACACAAAUACAGUUUGUUAUGUACUGAGUAGUAUUUAAAUACACUUUUUUUUUUUCUCUUGCUUACUCUCCAUUCUGUCUGGGGUAACCAUUUGAAAAGAGGAGGAUGUGAAACGGUGUUCUCAAAACCAUCACUAAACUUCAGUGCUUGGGCCAUACGUAUAAUUGAUGGGGGUUUGGGAAGCAGAGGGGUUAUUUGGGGUUUUUGUUUUGUUUAAAUCCACAGUUCUUUGUUUUGAGAAAGAAUUGAGGAAAAUAUACUUUCUCACUUUAAAUGUUGGCAAAUAUAUAUAAGAUAUAAAUAUAAAUAUAUAUAUAUAAAUAUGCACACUCUCAGGUACAUUUUGUUGUGUUUUAGAGAUCUGUGGUUUGAGUAUUAACAUUAAGAUUUUUUUCAGUAACAGUGACAUUAUAAAACGUAACAUGGCAUUUUCAUAGGUGCCUCCAAUUUAAAUUUCUGCAGCACCUAGCAAUUUGUGAUUCUACCAUUUUAGAGACAAUUCAACAUGUAAAACAAGAUCUUUCACAGUCAUUCUGGCCUCUUCUACUUUUUUCAUAUCAAAGAGCUUCCUUUCUAUGAGGGAGAAUGAGACCAUGCUCAGAAGACCGUACUGGCUGCUGAGAAAUUUGAGUCAAAAGCAAAUUGUAAAAGUGGAAAAAAGGGUCAGUGCAGUCAGGAUUUACUUUCUGUGGGGCCCAGCUUUAUAAUACAUUCGGUUGGGUUUUAUAAAGUUCACUGUUUCACAGGUAGAAAGUGACUGAAAAUCACCUACAUUGCUUUUGGUACUUUGAAGUAGGGAACUCCUCACAUAAAAAUAUAACUGUUCUAUCAAACAUAUUUGCUUUUGGUUUUAAUUAUUUUAAAUGUUGUGGUAUUUUGUCUAUAGUAUAUAUUGUAAAAUGUAACUAUCCCACAUUGUUAUAAGCCCUUCAUGAUUAUCUUUUCACUGACUAGAGUUGAUCAGUCCAAAAAGGAGUGCUGACCAGAACUGCUGACCACAUUUAGAGGGAUGUCGCCCUUCCUCAGAACGCAGAGACGUCAACUUUUACAUGAAAAGUUGAAGGCUUUGCCUUCUUUUGGAAUGGGAGUAGGAUCGCUGCUUCUUGGUAAAUAAGUCCAUCUUUUGUCUCCCUGAAUCAGCAGUAGUUUGGGCUUCUUGUCCUCUUCAAAAAAAAAAUGCUUUUUUUUUUUUUUUAAGCUGUCAACAGUGUAUUCUGUUAAAUCUAAAAAAAUGUUUUGAAAAUGUGUUUGAUCUGUGUGACAACUAUACUGUUCUGUUUAUUUUUUAAAUUCCUAAAGUCCAAAAAUAUUUAUAUUCAGAACUCUCUGUAUUGAAAACGUGAAAAGGCCACAAAUUUGGUUAGUUACCACUGAGUUGUUCUAGUCUAAGCCUUUUUUGCUGCUUGUAUAUCAUUCUUUUCAAUGUAUAUAUAAUUAUGGACUGCAAAAAAAAGGCAUUUAUAUGUCUAGUAGAAGGAAUAAGCUUAUUUAUAUUAUAGUGUUAACAAAGUCUGAUGUAUUCGAGUGACUUACGUUAUACCGCAUGCAAACACACAAGUGUACAUUCCAUCCAAGGAGGGAUGCCAUGCUAUUUGUUUUGAAAACAUACUUAAAGCUGUUCUCUUUUCAGUGGGACAUAUGCCAGAAAGACUGGGAGGUGGGAGUUAUUUCCUUGUCAAUUUUUCUAAUGCAGACCAUUGCUGAAAACCAGAAAAUGUUCUGGAAAACUAGAAUGCUCUCAGAGCUGUAGGUUUUUCUAAGAAACGGCUGCAAAGGGGCAUAAAAGCUCAAAGAUAAUUUUGCUUGAAAAGAUAACAGCACCAAUAACAAAAUUCCAUCUGAAUGAGAAGUGUGCAGUACUAGCUGUGCAAGUGAGCUUUGGAAUGUAACACAACUGGCCAUUGAAUACAGCCUUGCUUUGAUUUGGUUGGUGUUUUAUAUUUGGAGAUUCAAAAGACACAUUCUGCCUUGUUUAGAUCCUGUGAAAUACAAUCUGCUAAUAACGUGGCAUCCCCAUGCUAAAACUUUACACCGGCCAUGUAUGAACAUGCAGUAUCUAAAUACUGUUCUGCAGUUGUGUUAUGUGCAUUAAGUGUGAGUAACAUGUAGCACAGUUUCUUUUCACAGAACCUGAACUUUCCGUAUCUUUUAAAACGUUUGCUUUUCAGUAUUUUGUAUAGUAAAUAUAGAUGGUUUUGACUAAAUGCUUUAUUUAUUUAACAGCAAAAACUGUGCCAAGAGAACCCCCUGUUCAUUAAAGUUUUACUAGUUCAGAAAGUAUAUUUCCUUCUUCUUCUCGUGGAUUUCAGGAGCUUAUUGCAAUUGCUGUCAGUGCUUGCAGAUCUCACUGAUGAAAGAGCUUGCAUUAACGUUUUUGGGAAUAGGAUCAGAUCAUGAGGUAUGGACUUGCUAUGCUUUGGCUUUAUAAUUAAAGUGCUAACUUUAAAAAUUAAAUUUCUUGUCCCCUACUAUUAGAGCUGGGUCACGUAACUGAUUUUUCAGGUUGGUUUUAAUUCUGAAAACCUUAAAAAAUUAUAAUUUGAGUGAGAGGGGUUAAAACUGUGGCCAAAUCUAAAAUUAAAAGAGUUUAGUUUCUGGUCAAACAAAACAGUUAAUUUCCAAGGAGAAAAAAAUAGAGUUUAGUACGUUGUUACUGUUUGAAAAUAAAAUGGAAUGGCAUUAAGCGAUUUCGAACAAAAACAGCAGCCUUUUCCCUCACUUUUUUCUAUUCUUACGUAAAACAAUUCAGCAAAAUGAAGGCAAUCCCCAAAUUUGCACUGCUUACUAAUGAACAUUUCAGCUGAAAAAUUUUGCUCUGCUACUUAGAAUUUUGAGAAAACCAAGCUUUCUAAAAUAAGGAUUGCUAAGCUCUUCCCACAACUUCAAGAGUACCUCAUGCAAAGUGAACAAAGCUAAGGGUAGCAAAGUAAAAUCUCUGUCCCAGUGAAAUCUCUGGUAAAACUACCAGAUUGUCACUGGCUUCAGGGUGCCCAUAAUUUCAUUCCAGUACUGUAGGUUUAAUGUGCAGGCAGUGAUUUCAGUAUUUACUUUUUAGGCAUCUUACUGCUGAUGGUUUUGUAAUAGCUGAUAUUAAAUAGAGACGUGUAAGAGAUCAAGCUGGUAAGUUGAUUAAAAUGAGCAGAAGUACUGUGCUUUAUAUUCGUAUCAUAAAGCACUUCCAAAUGUCUUUCAGACAUCCACCCAUCAUUUAUUCACUAACAGAAACUAAGACCCAGUUCUGCCCAUGGUUGAAGUACAGGCUCUCCUGGUGUAGCAGCAGACCACCCACCUCAGGCAAACCCUGCAAGCCACGUUAUCUUUGACCCCUCUGGCUGCCUUCCUACCCUAGUCACCAUGAGCACAGAACAGCAAAUGCAGCUGGAGAAGUAACUUAGAGGAAGUGAUGUGUAUGUGUUUGUACAAAAAGGUAUCCUCUGUCAGAAGUCAGUGAAUGCCCCAGAACAUACUCUGGCAGAGGUGAUCUCUUACUAAUGGGUAACUACUGUGUUUGCUCAACAGUCUAAGUGUUGCCACAUAAUUAUAUAGAUAUGAUGAAUGCUUACUGUUCUUCACAUGUCGUUGUGUACCUCAAUUAUUGAGUGACAGAUUUCAUUUGUAUUCCAAUUAACAAGAAAGUUAGGCCCCUUGGGGCACAGUUACACUUGGGAAAAUUCAUCGUGCUAGAAAAUCUGCAAAAACAUUUAACAUAAUUUUUGCCUGGAGUGUAGGCAAGAAUGUUCAUGUUUGGAAACAUGUCAGCUAAUCAGCUCUCACCUUUAAUUACCUUGAUGCAAUUCAUCAAAAUCUGAAAAUACAUUUCCAAACAUGAUUUACGGUUUCAGUGGGAACUAACUUGUAUUCAGCAUCAUGUUCAUUAUCAGACUGCUUUUUUUUUUUUU